AGUUUCCUCUCCACGACUUCUGGUCAAAGCGGCACAGUUGUUAGAAACGAAGUGAGUUUAAAAAACAAGAAAGCGCGAGAGAUAAGGAGACGUUUCUGUGCCGCCGUGUUUCAUGCUGGUGCAUCCACCCACACGUUUGCAGUGUGGAAAAGAGAAAAAACAUAACGGGCUACCAUGUGGACAGCGACGGCGGCAUCCGGCAAAACGAGCCUGUCGCUCUCGCGCCUCUCCGUCGUGACGGAGGAGCGCUCCCUCCACGAGACCGCACCCAACGUUGUGGCGCUGCUGCCGGUGUCCACUCGUUCUCCGUCGAGUACGUACGUCGCGGUCGCUGCACACCCUGACAGCGACGGAAGCUCACCCGCCGCUGGCUGCAGAGGUGCUGGAGGUGGCGGGGCUUUGGAGGGGGCCGACUUGCUGUCGCUUCACAAAUCUACGCUGCAGGACUUAAUAAAUAAUGUGAAGGCACCGACGCUGCGUGCAGUAAAUGCCGUUCAUAGGCCUGUGCUGCAGCUGUGUCUAUACAACUUAAACCUCUCUUACGGGACACGAUCAAAGGAUCUUGCGGCUCUCGCACCGGAUAUGAUGUUGAUUCAAACCGUGGACUUGACAUGCGAGGACUUGCGUCUCGCGCCGUCGCAACAGGCUGCUCUAAAAGCGGAAGAGAAAAGGGAAAGUGGGAGCCCCGCAGCGGUGCUCUCCCCUGAGGCGGUGGUGGUCGAACAGCUUGCGUGGGUUGGCGUGCGGUUCGUUGCGCUGAAGACGCGGCAGCGCCAGCUGUUGCUCGUGCAGACGGGUCUUUCCACGCGUAUAGGCGACGCCUCCGCGGAUGACGUCUCUUCCGAUGAAGAGGAGUGGGCGGCGGCUGUGGAUCCUCCGACAGCAAGCCCCGUUCGCAGAGUUUUUCGUUAUAUCGCAGAUUUCUGCAGCGCCACGCUAUCAACACCACCGCAGCCCAGCGUCGAGACCUCCGUUCUCAUUGUCGCGGAGACGCAGCACGUCAGCGCGGUUGUGUGCGAGACCGUGUCAGACACUACCGCUCGCUCUCCUGUGUCGUUGCGGGAGUACACUUGGAAAGUCGGGCCUUUCAAUCACAUCAGUGCUGCUCCGGCACCAUCAGCACGUGAUCCGGCGGCGCUGUGCUUGUGUGGCUCCGCCGCCAGCAACAGCAUUGAGGUGUACAAGUGGUCGCUGAAUUCCGUUGCACCGCCGGUGUGCGUGCACCACGUUCUCCUGACCGCUGGGCACUUCUUCUACGGAGCUUCUGUCACGGCUCAUGACGGUGUUCCUUUGCAAGGAAGGUCCAUCGACUUCUGGGUUGUGGGCGCUGCGGCCGUUGACCUCGGCCAUCCGAGCAGCACGGUGGCGGUAAAUGGAGGUGCGAUGCUUCCUACACUCUUCGAGUCAUCGCCGGCGCCGCUGCCCUCCCUGCGCGGACUCGAUGGCCACUACUUUCAAGUCGAGCCUUCUGCACCCGCUCCGCAAAAAGAACCACGUGAAUUGCCGAACCUUCCCAUGCCGUCCACCGAGCACCGCACCUUAAACUCCGUGUGGCAGGGCAGUCCUGUUCCUCGCGGACAGAGGAAAAGCGACGGAGAGCCGCACGACACGCAGCUUUCUUCUCCUGCUGGAUGCGCUGCGGCUUCCACGACCUCUCUGACGCAGCUGGAGGCGAUGGUCAGUCUGCGCAUUAGUGCCCCGCACUUCCUGCCACCCGGCAGCCGGCGGCGCAGCGAUGGAACGGCGCAAAGCCCGGCGCCUUCCACCGUGGCCAUGCAACGGUACCUCCUCCACAUCCAUUGUCCAGUGCACACCUGCAGCGAGGAGAAGGACGCAACUUGUUGCUCAGAAACGGAUCCACCGACGGCUACGUCACGGCCCGGAUGGAGCAGCAAGCUGCUGUCACUGGACACUGCUGAAUGCGCUGCCGCACUUCGGUGGCUGGCGGAAGAUGACGACGCUGCAGAGCAGCGGCGUACUGAGGAGGACGUGCCAUCAUGGAAGCUGGACCCCGCUGCUUCCCUCGUGCAGUUCCCAUCAGGGAGUACGAACGCCGCGACGGCUGCUUUGACACAUGAACUUACGCUGCACACCGCACGUCGAGUGCUGAAACUGUCGGUGGAUAGCUUCCCCUCCUCCGCGUCGAGGAGAGCAACGGGCUCGUUUCCACGCGCCGUCCACGUCCGUGGCACGCACGAACUGCUUUCACCAGAGCAAGUGGUGGGUUGGGGUGCGGCCCCACAAGUGCGAGGCGCAUCUCCGCCUCUUCUCCUCCUCUCAGGUUACGGGCACACGAUGGAUGACGACAGCUCCGGCGAAGGGCGGCAGGUGACCUUGUACGGACAGACGAGGGUCAAGACAACAUGGACAACGAUCACGCGCAUUCAAGCAUCUCUUUUGGUCUCGUUGUCACCGUGGAAAUCUGGCAAAGCCGAUGCCAUCGAGGAGGGGAAGACGGCCCAAGUGGAUAACGAGAAGCUCUUGGCUUCGGUCAGGUCAAUGGUGGCGGCAGAGGGCAGUCGUCUUCAGCGGCACUUCGACGAGCGGAUGGAUCGCCUCGAAGCGGUGCUCGGGCGGCUUACGCAAAGGCAGUCCACGUAG